AUGUGCCCCUGCGCGCUGCACGGCGGCCCCCCCGCUCCCUGCCCCUGCAGCCCCGGCCGCGCCGCCCGGCCCUCGGCCGCCGCCCGCCUGGUCGCCGCCCGCCUGCGCCGCCUGGGCGAUGAGCUGGAGCAGCGGGCGGCGCGGCGAAAGGCGCGGGGCCGCGGCCCCUCGGCCGGCCGUCGCCUGGCCGCCGUGGUGUGCCUGCUGUGCGCCCUCACGCCCGCGGCCGCGCUGGCCUGGCUGAUCCGCAGGAGGAGCCUCUAGGCGAGAGGGGCGCUGGCCGGAGCGGGGAGCAGGCGGGACGCGCAACAGGCUGGAGAAAACCCUGUGCCCUUGGAGAAAAUUGUUUCCCCUUUUCCUACAGGGAAUCCAGAGCCUGAGCAGCAGCUGUGAAGAGUGGAGAUAAAGAAAGAAGUGGAAGAUGUUGGAAGUGCUUUGGGCAACGUGAAGAAGGAUUUGCACGGAAGGAGCUGUUCAAGGGCCCAGCAGCAAAACAGAGACACAUACAUGCUUAUAUAUAGAAGAAUGUAAACCCUCCUGUAUGCAUACGUUAAAACGUGCAUGCCUUGUUGAGAACGUAAGCAACAUUCCUUGUAGAUGAUGGUGGUCUGAGCAUUCAUGCUCCUGCAGUCUGAGUCAAAAGAUUAGUGAUGUCCUUGCUGUAAUGCUAGCAUUUUCUCCACUGCACCUUGUUUAUGGCAACAUAAACGUUCCUUUCAAUGCAGCAGGAAGAAAAAUAAUCUAUACAUCCAGAGCUAAGUAAUAUCGAGAGACGGAACUUGCUGCAAAAUGGGCAUGUCCUAGCCGUGGCGGUGGGGGAACAGGUGCUUAGCAGCUCGGACAACAGACAGUUUGUGUGUGUAUAUAUUAAGCGCUAUCGCACCAGGUGAGAUAAGCUUUUCUUAUGACUUUAGUUUCUCUGGUGCUACAUUUAAUAUUUGUCUGGGGCUAAACUGCCUCUCUGUGGUGCUACAGUUUCCGCAAGAGGAUGUUCUGAAACAUGGGACAAGGAGAAAUCUAUUUUGGUUAUUAAUAUUUAUACACAAGAUAGCAAAAAAUAAUACGUGUUGAGAAGGUGCUAUUUUUUCUUUCUUUCAAUCUCUGCAUAAAUUAAGACAAAACAAAUAAUCUAGCCCAGAACUUUAUAAGACUAAUUUUCUUUGGGGCAGUUCUUUUUCUUUUGACGGUUUGGAGCUUGGGAAGCAGCAUUCACUGAGGUGGCAAAGACACACCGGGUCUUUUCACUGCAGUGUACGUGUCAAAGUCUGCUAGUGCAGAAUCUCCUACGGCUCCGGAGCUGGGUAUUCUCCUGGAUGGUGAUUUAAGCAGUCUCAAAUCCUGUGAACCAGGGAAGAGAACUAUAUCUAGACUAAUCAGUAGACUGGGGGAUAUCAGGAGAACUUGUCCUUAGAAGUCAAAGGGCUUUUUUCAGUCUAGUACUGAGCACUUUUUUUCUUGCAGCCAAAACUACCUGUCAGAUUUAGGAUACCUUCCAGAUCCUAUUUACAGUAAUUAUUAUGCACAUUUUUUAGAAACAUUUUUCCCAGCUUCAGAUAUUUGCACCAGAAAAUUGACCCUCUCGUGGCAGGGGGCAGUUUUCAAAGGCAUAAAGGAAUGUGAAGAACCCAAUUUCCAAAGGAAGUUUGGCUCUUUGUCUUUUAAAAAUACUUCCUAACCCUCACCCAGUCAAGGAACAAGCCGAGUGGCCUCUAUGUCCCAGUCAAACCUUGCAUUUUUCACUACUGCAGGAGAAAUGUUUCUAAGCAACCUAAAAGCUAAAUUCUCCCUUUGUCAAAUAUUCACCGAUGUGUUUUGGGCCCCUGCACACAUAUUCUUGGGUAUUAUUGAUCCAAGUCAAUUCACAAACAGCAGAAAGGGCUAUGCUGAAAGAGCAAAUUGUUCCUAAUGAAUAACCUUGCCCUACUUUAUAUUAUGUGCAGUGUUGGGAGGGAUCAUGUAGCUAAGUGUAGUUUGUCUAUUGAUAGAGUUUGGAUGGUGUCAGAACCACAGGGACCGAUAAAACAUUUUCCUGCCAUUUUUGGCCUGACGCUCAGUAAUACUCGGCAUCCUGUACUCCUUCCCGGCUCAGGCUUCUACUGAAAUAAGUAAGAAUUCCUCUCGCAAAAGGAGGAGUCUCAGCUGAUUUCAGCAGUGAUGCAAGUGCUGAAUUAGUGACUGCUGGAUCGGGCAUAGUCUUAGAAAUACAACUUUCUGCAAAUCACUCAAAUGAGGAAGUGAAAUCGUGUGUAUGGUAUUGCACCAGUCAAAUUUGAACAGAAAAUAAUUGAUCAGGAAGACUGGAUGUGUCACUUUGCUAUACAGGACACGCAGCCCGCAGGUCUCCCCUCCGCAGUCUUCCCUCACCCUCUGUGUGUGUACCCCACGUACACAGAGGCAGCCUUGUGACAACCCGUCGGGCAUAGGAUCUGGCUUACAUUUCUCAGUGCAAGAGAGAGGGCUCUCCCACAUAUUCCUCACCAUUAACAAUUACUAGCUCCUGAGUUUUGAAUGCUUAAUAAACUUGUCACCCAGAAUAUGCAUUAUUCCAUUUUCCCUUCCAUCUUCUGUGCAUACAGUUUGCACUGCCGUUGGUUCUCCUGCCAGACUGGCUAUUUGGGUCUGCAGCCUUGAGUUGUCUUGUAGCAUUCUUCCCAAAGAGGCAAUUCCCCUGAAACAUUACAGCACAGCAAAGGAAAAGGAAAGCGAGUUCUGUCCUUACCAUAGCAUCUCCGCCUUGGGAAAGCCCCCUGAAUCGUUGACCAACCUCAGCAGCAAAGCGAUUGGCUAAUCUCCCUUAGUCCUACCCCACUGUGGACAGGCUUUUCUGUAAAAAAAACCCUAAAACCCAGAAUUCCCAGGGGAGCAGUCUCCUCCCGGGUGGUUCCCAACAUUAGCAAAAAUGUUAGAAGACACGUGCUGCCUGUUUUCUCAUGAAACAACAACCAAAUCUAUUGUGCUUCCCAAGUGUAAACAAGAGCAGGUCCAGUACCCCAAAUUCUGCUUCAAUCCUGAUUUGCUUCCCUUUGGUAGUUCUAAAUUGGAUGUUUAGUGUGAACUGAGGGUUAAGUUUUGGAGACUUUCAUCUGUUAGUUGCUGGGUCAAGCAAGCUUUGCUAGAGAAACAGCUUACCAGCACAUUAUAGCCAGCAUUCACUGUACAUAAAUUGAAUUACUUACUAGAGGGUAUGUAUUUGUCAAAGCCUUACAUUUUCUGGUAUAAUUGCUAUUCUUGAAUGCCUCCAUUUUUUGACAAGGGGUGUUUUUAUCCUUUUUAAAAUAUCUGAUUUAACCCUGGUUGAUGUUUGUAUUGGAAAAGAAAGCAUGCUAUAUACUCCCCUAGUGCUGUUCUUACUGUAUUGCAACAGCUGUGUGAGAUGGUGGGGGGUUUCUGUACCGUACUAAUGGGUAGGAAACCAGCACAGUCCCUCUCUCUUGCUCCUCUUUUUUUUUUCCAGCAGCCAAGAAGUCAUUGAUUUUGAUUAGCUUCGCAAUUGCGCCUCCGUGAAGACUGGGGAGUGCUCUCUAAAUGAAAAAAAAAGACCUCAUCUUAGGUUUCAGCAGACGGUGCGUGCGCAAGCCAGAGGAGGAGGUUAUGAGAUCAUAGUCUAUAUAGAACGCCGCAUAAUGUGGCUGUGAGGAAAGUCUUUAUUAAUUUUUAAAGCAGCACUCCACCAAGAUAGCUCCCAUCACAUAUUGGAACUUCAUAUUUCAAGUUAAAAAAGAAGUCUAGUGUCGACUACUAAUCAGCUUCUCUCCCCUUGCCUGUUAAAAUAAGUCCUUUGGCCACAUUAAUUCUAGGAUGGCACUGCUGUCUGCUUGCAGACCGCUGGGUUACACCUAGGACAGAAUUUAUCCCAUUAAUUCCAGAUUCCUUCCUCUUCUCUCUCAGAAUUAUUUUCAGUAGAUAAAAAAAUAUGGAAUGGGACCAGGCCUCCUGUCAUACACUUUCAUGUGCCCAGGAGAGGCAUCACCCAAUAAAAACAUAGAGCAAAUCACCAAAAUCAAUGAGUUGUCAGCAAUGAGGAAUGAGAAACCCAUCAUACUUCUGUUUUAGAGCAUGUAUGCAUGCAGAAAUUACCCUAAUUUAGCUAAGCCCAUUACUAAAGCAAUUUACUUAAAUCAGAAACACUUGUUAAAUCAGUUUAAUCUGAUUUGUGAAUUUGCUUUGUUUCUAUAUCAUGCUAAAAUUAUAAGGGUCUUAAAUCCACUGCAAAAGCAGAAACAGUACCUUCUAAUGAAAUUGAUUACAAACAGAUUUGGUUAAACUGGUGCAGUUUCCAUGUCCACAUACACCUUGGAAUCAGGCACUUUGCCCUGCUGUAGUCCUUGUAGGUUGAGCAGGCAGAAGAGAAUCUCACUUGGGAGCGGGGGGGCAAUGGAGAAUGGGGAAGCAAAACUGAAGGAGAUCUUUCCCUUCUGAAAAGCUGCACUACCAUGUACAAAAUGGUUCAUGAUGAGCACAGGGUAGUACAUCUACCUUAAUAUUUAAUUUUCCUACAAAUGGUUUUAAAACAUCUGUCUGUGGUCUUGACAGAAGUCUGAGAUACAUAACAGACUACCUGUGGUUCAAAAUUAAAUCCUGGACCCAUAUUUUUUGUCCAUGUCAAAACCUUCUGGCUAUAUUCUACCUCCACAACAGGUGAACAGUAUCUUCACUUUUCUUCGGGCAAAUUUGCUUAGAGCAAAUUUGAUUUUGAAUCCAAGCUUCAAAGCCUCACUCUUGUGUAACACUUUGCAAGGCAGUGCUUGCUGUAUGCUGAGCUAAACUUCUUCAUCUCAGUACAGAAGGUUAGGAGACACUCACUAACCAUGUUAAUUCAAAAUCCAAAAGCUUAGGGAAGUCUACGUAACAUGGGACUUGAUCUGCCUUAGGAAAACACCAGUAUAUCAGCUAGUCUGAAUGGAGGAGAGGAAUCCUUGCAUGCUGCUCCUGCCUUGGUCUUCUGAUUCUGUCCUGGUCUGAAUGGGCAAGCCCUUCUCGUGCCAAAGGCAAUCUCUGCUCACAGUACAGGUGUAUAUCCCUGUCCCCAGCGUAAGACACCUCUGUGCUUCUUCUCUCUGCCUGUCCUACUGGCUUGAAUCACGCGCCAUCUGCACAACAAGAAUCUCCGUGAGCGUAGACCCUAAACGCACUCCCACGCUCAGGUCUUCCAAACAACAGUUCUGCCCUUAGCAGUUGUGGGAAAAAGCUGACUGUUCCAGUCAAAGCUGCAGAAUUUCCAUUCCCCAUCUGCAACAGAAAUUUAAAACUACAAAAUAUAAAACAGGUGAAUAUUUUUUUCUGACAAUACUUAUUUGAAUACAAGAGUGAAUUUUCAUGUAACUCCUAUCAGACUUCUUCGGUGUUCACUCUGCAUGAAUACUUGAGUACUUGAAUUUCAGAAGUUUUUGAAUAUUUACAGAAAGUGAAUUUGGAGCUUGACAAAUAUUCACUGAAAGCAUCUGGGUAUUGAACUGCCAUUAUUAGUUACAUCCAUUAUUAGUUACAGAUGCCACCUAAGUAGAGAGCAAAACCAACUACAAUGGGAUUUAGUUUUCAUGGGUAUUCACGGCACAACCUUCCCAAUCAAUUUGAAGACCACAAUUUAUCAGAAGAAAAAAUCUUCCCAUUAUCUUUAGCCCUUAGGACAUUUGCAAAUUUUCCAGUCUGCUCCCAGAUGCAUCACUAACAGAAUAAAAUAGAUGAAAUGCAGUGAAUACACAAUUCCUUGCACAUUACUGAUUUAGUACCAUUUGGAUGUAAACUCUUGGAGAGUCACUGUGCAAGUUUCCACCCUCACCAAAGCAAGAGCAAAGCAUAUGCUCACUGCUGACAGGAGUUCAUGAAGGCUCCUGUUUAUGGUUGGAUGUGGCUUCUCUUUUUUGUAAAAGGAAUUUCAUAUGCUGAGACUCUUUGUACAUAUUUAUAAUGACUUUAAUAAAAAAAAAAAGAAAAACAACUGUUCAAUGGCGAAAAAAGGCUACAGUUUUUAUUUCCUCUCUGAAAUUGGAGACAAUAAUUUCCUUCCGUAACCCUAACUGUUUUCCCAUCUCAUAAGCUGUCAUUAGAACUGAAGUUUCCCCUGUAUGUUUUCUGGUCCAAAUGUCAUGUUCUAGGAGAGGGUAGAAUCGUCCUGCCUCACAAAACCAUCACCAUAACUUACCUGAGGAGGGAGGGUUUGACAGACUGCUAACAGCACAGAGCUGUUUCUUCCACAGCAUCCAGGCCAGAAGAACAGAGACUGAAGGAUGUCGGUUUAAUUUAACAGCUGUAUAAUAGUGGCCUGUAGUAAAAUCUUUAUCUUGCAGGAAUUAAGAGGAUCUUUGUUAU